CCCGUUCUCUGCCUUUUCCCCGCCCGCCGCCGCCACUGCCCCUUCCUCGCAGUCGUCGUCGUUUCGUUUCGCUUAGCCAUGUCCUCCGAACCGGCCCCGGUUGCCGCAGCAAUCCCCCCCGAGCAAUCCCCAGUUAAGGCGGCGAGCAGCGGGGAGGCCCCGGAGCAUCGGGCGCUGGUGCUGACGGGUUUCGGUGGCUACGAGAAGGUGAAGGUGCAGACGCGGCGGGGAGGCAACCCCGGGCCCGGGGAGCUCUCGGUGCGCGUCCGUGCGUGCGGCCUCAACUUCGCCGACGUGAUGAUGCGGCAGGGGCUGUACGACCGCUUGCCGUCUCUGCCUUUCUGCCCAGGGAUGGAGUGCGCCGGUACCGUGAGCGCCGUGGGCGAGGAGGUCCGCGACCGCCAGGUUGGUGAUAAGGUGAUGAUCCUGGCCAGAACUGGGCUCUGGCAAGAAGUUGUGAAUGUGCCUGCUGUGCAGACGUUCCUGAUGCCUGAGGGAAUGAGCUUUGAGGAAGCAGCUGCUCUUCCUGUCAACUACAUCACUGCCUACAUGAUCCUGUUUGACUUCGGCAACCUGAGACCCAACCAGAGUGUCCUCAUCCAUAUGGCUGCAGGUGGUGUGGGAACUGCUGCCAUCCAACUGUGCAAGACUGUAGAAAAUGUCACCAUUUUUGGCACAGCAUCUGCCUCCAAGCAUGAUUCACUCAGGGAGAGUGGAGUCGCUCACCCCAUUGACUACAGAACUAUGGAUUAUGCAGAGGAGGUCCGGAAAAUCUCUCCCAAAGGUGUUGACAUUGUCAUGGACCCGCUGGGCGGAUCUGACACAUCCAAAGCAUUUCACCUGCUGAAGCCAAUGGGUAAAGUCAUCACUUAUGGGGUAUCAAACCUGAUCACUGGGCAGAAGAAGAACCUUGUGGCCAUGGCUAAAACUUGGUGGAACCAGUUCAGCAUCAAUGCCAUACAGCUUCUGCACCAUAAUAAGGCUGUGUGUGGGUACGAUCUUGGAAAUAUGGAUGAAGAAUACAAACUUAUCACAGAUGUUCUACUCAAGCUGAUUAACCUGUACAAUCAAGGAAAGAUCAAGCCCAAAAUAGACUCUGUAUGGUCUUUCGAUCAGGUGGCAGAUGCCAUGAAACACAUGCAAGAGAAGAAGAAUGUUGGAAAGGUCAUCCUGGUUCCUGAGGCACCCAAGGAAGAAUCCAAAAAGACAGAGAACUAAGGAGGAGAGAGAUGCGUGCAGAUUGUGAAUUCAUGGUUUAACUUGCUGCUCUCUUUGGGGCCUGGAAAUGGACAGAUCGGUAGCUUGCAUUAUUACCAGUAUAAGAACAUUGUGGUUAAAGCUCAGAUGAAGUUUGCAUGCUCUUGCUGUGUCUGACCCUUUGCAGAUACGCCUUCUGCCCUCGCUCUCUGUUUUGAAGCCUGGUUAUUUUGUACAUUUUUCUAAUCCCUUGUUUCCAUACCGGAGUUCUCAACUAAUGUUAUUUUUUUUUUCUGGCAGCAUAGCUGCAGCUUUGAAGCAGUUGAUGCUUAACAGCUGCAUAGAUGGUCACCACGAGGAUGUAAAAUGCUGUACUGCCAGGCAUCUCCACAGACACCCAGCCCAUGCUGGAAUGCUUGCACUGUCACCUUUGAGAAGCAUGUUCAGCAGGAGAAGAGGCCAGGCUGAGAAUGCUUCUUAAUAGCCAGAGGAACAGCAUGGCUGCCUCAGUUUAGUUGCUGCCCUGGCUGAUCCUCUGUUCAUACUAACCGUGCUUUCUUCCCUCAGCUUUCACUGGCCCCUAACACCAGUGAGAUAAUAGCAGAUCAUGUUGUCUUUGCCUUAUAAGUAACCAUCCUGGCAUUCUGGAGUCUGUAGGGUAUUGCAUUUAGUGUGUAGUCACUUCUCUGUGCGGUGUAUAAGGAACCUGGCAGGCUGUGCUGCUCUGUGAGUACAGAAGAAAAGUUUCAGUUGAGUAACUUGAUGUUGUUCAGUUAUUGAUUUCAAACUUUAAAAGGAGAUCUAAACUGUGUCUGAUUGUUAGAGAACAUAAGGAUUGAACUUUGUCUCAGAUGACUGGAAAGUUUGAUGUUGGAUCUAUGCUUUAUUAAUGUUGGUCUUCAAGGUGAUAUUGUUAAGACUAAACUUCACCCUUGUCUUCGUAUUUCCAAGAGCUGCAGUGUUGAAUCAGACUUCAGCAAGAUGGGACCAAAUAAGCCUGUGUUUUUGCUUGCUUUGUGCUGUGUCCUUGUGCUGAGGAGACAUUGCAAAGCAGCCUGCAAGAACAAUCCUGCCAGCCUGCUUUGUGGGGCUCUGGGUUCCAUGUGUAACAAAUCACCUGGUGUUACCUGUCAUUGAAUUAUCAGCUUAGGUGGCAAAAUGUCCAGCUCUGCUGAGCCUUUUGGCAUGGGUAUCUGGAACAGUUCCAGUCAGGCUUUCUGUUCCUUUCUAGUGAGCUCUCAGGCUAGGCUCUCUCACCUCAUGGUCAGUAGGGCUUCACACCUCUUCUCCUGGAGCUGCAAGCGUUGGGUCUCUGCCAGCUCCCUUCCAGCACUGAGGCUUUAAGAAAUGCCUAGGAUGCUCUUCCUGGGCUAGAAGUUAGUUUCUCUUCCUCUUUUCUGUCUUCACUGUGUUUGGAAACCUAGUUCUGUGAGGACUUCCUCUUCUUGCUCCACCUGGCUUCCAGGCCUGGGUGACCACAGUGUGAUGUGUGCUUGCUUUAGCAGUUUGAGGCUUUGUCAUGGACUGUAGAUGCUGCAGUGCUUUAGGCUCCAUUUGGGUUUUUAAAAGGUAAACUGAGGGCAUCAAGGAGCACUGCAUGUUGUGGGUGAGGUCAGGCUGCAGAAACAAAUAUUGACUGCUUGGAGUCUUGACUGUCCUGACUCCAAAGAGGGAAGGGGAUGCAUGGGCAAGUGGACCCAACGGUGAAGUCCUUCAUCUGCUGGAGAACAAACACUGUCGGAGGGGGGGGGGGGCAGUCCUAGGCAGAUUAAGUGUGUGAGUUCUUCCUCUCUGUUCCCAGACCAGUGCUGCAAGCAUCAGUUCAGCUUGAAUUUCAGGUGCUUAGCUCUGGUGCCUAUUAAAAUACAUGGGCAGAUACUCCAGAGGACUUAUUCUGCCUAGCUUUAACACAGCCCCAUUACCUGUGGCCCUAAAGAAGGGCUGGAGUCCAGGCACAGACACCCAUUGUUCCAUCUGUUGCACAUGGAACACCACCACCACCAGUAUGGCCACAUGAAAUUCAGAAGCACAACUUCUGACGUAUCUGAAUCCAAAAUCUUGCUGUUUCUCCUUUCAACCUGCCCCCAUCAUGCUAAUUUGGAUUAAAUCCAACAGUGUCUAAUGCAACUUUACCAAAUCUGACAACAGAAUGACCGUCUAAGUUGCUGCAAUGGAAAGUCUCCUUUGUGGAACCUGACUUCACCUUGAUGAAAGAGCAGCAUGCUAAAAAUGACAUACCACGCCACUCAUCUUCAGUUCUGCAGUUGUAAAAGGGAAAUCUAUGCAACUGUUUUACCAUAACAUCCUUUCCUUGCUUUACUGUCAGCCAAGAGCAUGCUCAGUGCCUUACUCGGAUGGCUUUGGAUUACUUGGAUUAGGCAGCACAGCAAGGUUUUCACUGCCUAGGCCCUCCUCAUGGAAUGUAGAAGAGGAGUGGGAGUUCUGCAGUGUGCUGCAGGGCCCCUUUGCCUUGCUGCCUUAUGAUAUACACCAUAGCGUAGCAUCUUGGUGCUUUCUUUUGCAUGUCUGUAAGGACUAGGAAGUCACCCUCCUCCAUUCUGGCCUUUCAAAGUACUGCCAAAAAAAGGUUAUCGUUCUUGCUCUAGUUUGUGAACACCGUUGUAGUUUGACUUAGCGUGAAUGAGUUUCUCUUUGCAGGUGUCAUGGGCUGUGUGUGGCUCUCCUGGACAUCUGCGCUCCUGCAGCCUAAAGAGCUGCCUUUUAGCUGCCACUAUUGCAGCUCUUCUUCCCAAGGUGAAAGUUUAGCUCAGAGCUGGUCCUCAAGUGAGGCUUUAUCAGCUGUUCUACCUUGGCUCCUUGGAAAUAAUCAGGCUCUCUGUGCUCUUAGGGGGGCUGCUCAUGUGUUUGCUACCUGCAUGUGCGUGAAGGCCUUAUCAGGGUGUGAGUACUAAUCAAUUGCUAUAGCUUUCUGUUAGAGCUGAGCACUGUUUUUAUGUCCCUCAGUAUCAAUCGUGUUUUCUACAGACAGGCCAGGGUUAAUGCUCUGUUCUAGAUUUGUUUUAGUAGUCCUUAUUUUUACUUUUUUAAUGGAUAAACAUUUUGUGGAUCAAUAACCUGUGUAAAACAAUUUCAAGUGUCUUAAUGAAUUAAAGUUAACCAGCACGUUUGUACACCUAAGGACCAAAGCAAAACAAACAAAAGAAUCAUUCCAUUCAGUGUUGCUUAACUUUUUAGGGCAAAGUCAUACUAUCAAGGAAAUGGGAGACGCCUGCUCUUAAACUGUGUGUGCCAUUACUGCCAUCAGAAGUGCAAUUCAGUGUUGAUUUACAUCGUCUGAUCCAAAGGUUAUGCUACGAGGAGAAAUGGCCAGGUGAAAAGCAUGAGUAAUUCAAAGAAUCCCCCUGGCAGGAAUGCCUGUCCUAGUGCUACUCCGAUGUCAUUGCUAUAGUUGCAUUCCCAGACUGAUACUUUUAGACUUGGGCAAAAAAAUGCAACCCUUUGCUAUCAUCGAGCAACUUCCAUCACCUCUGACUCUUCAGUUUCUCUCUUGUUCAUUUGUGUUGCAUGCCAAGUGCAGGCGUAGGAAGGAAAGCAGCCUCACUUUGCUCAAAGGAACAUGACCCCCUAAGUGCUUUGGGCUGGCGAGGAGUUUAGCUGUGUAUUUUUUUUCCCACCUGUAUUAAACUAAAAUUGAGUGAUCAGUGACAAGAAAAAGGCAGUGUGAGCUGCAGGCUUUAAUCAGCACAGAAUGCUGGCCGCUUGCAGCUGCUAUCAGGCAAAGUGUGAAAGCACUAUUGUUGCCUAAUGAAGUCUCUUCUGUAUGAAACCCUGUUGAUGGCAAAGUGACUGGCAAGUAGUACAUGAGCAUGAUGUGAAAUGCAUUAGACUGAGCCUCUUACAGCAUAUGGUCUGAUCUGCACUGUCUGAGUUAUGUUGAUGUGCAAAUGUGUGAUAUGAAUGAUGCUCACCCUAACAGGCACUUGGAAAAUCUUUGUUUAAAAAAUGCAUUCUGCUUUGUAUAACCCAGUGAGACAGAAAGCAAAUGUGCCAAUGCUGUUUACAUGAUUAUAAUGUGUAAUGCUCCUCCAUCUAAUGUUUCCAUAUGCCUUGUGUGUUUAAAAUGUUAAUUAAAGCAUAACAAAACCCUCA